AUGAUGACGUGCCGUCUGCUGUGCGCCCUGUUGGUGCUCGCCCUGUGCUGCUGCCCGUUAGUGUGUAUGACAAAUACUGAUGACGGCAAUCGGGAUCCGAAGAAUGGCGCUGAUGAAGGAGGCGCUAAUCAAUUGCCUUCUUCACCUGGAGGACCGCCAGUGAAGAGUGAGCAAGCGGAUCCAUUGCCUGGGCUCGGUGUGGAAUUGGUAAAAAAUACUGAUGGAGUGGGACAAGGUCCGUCAGUUACAAAUCCGGAAACGAUUGCUGGAGAUAGAGGAAGUACGAUCGGUCUGGGAUCCCAAUCAAGUGCCGCGCUCGAAAAGGUAAACAGCGAAAGUAAGAACGGUAAUACAUGGCCACAAAGCUACAAGAGUCCAUUGUCGCCUGCACCAGUGACUAAGCCGGCUGACGUUUCUGCCCAGGCAACCACGACCACUACAACACAGGCACCAACAACAACGACCACGACCACCACUGCGCCAGAGGCACCAAGUACUACGAGUACAGAGGCGCCAACCACGACGACCACUCGCGCACCGUCACGUCUUCGCGAAAUGGACGGCAGCCUCAGCAGCUCUGCGUGGGUGUGUGCCCCACUGCUGCCCGCAGUAUCCGCGCUGGCGUACACCGCUGUGGGCUGA